CGAAGCAGCGCAGACGUUUCAGUCUGUCAAUCUGAGACGCAGAGGCGAUACAUUUAAAGCCGGGAUUUCAGCACGAGGAGCGAGGCUUUAAGUUCAGCACUUCACAGAGCAUCAGCUGAGGGACAGUGCGGAAUGGAUCUCAGGACGCCCGUUUUUCAGUCGUAUUUUAAAACUUAUUUUUUUCUGCUUUUGGGGGGUUUGUCAGUUGGAGCUGCCCCCGAGCAGGGGAGCCUGUACAUGUGGAUUGAUGCCAACCAAGCCAGGAUAUUAAUAGGUUUCGAGGAGGAUAUUCUGAUUGUGUCAGAGGGCCAAAUGGCCCCAUUCACACACGACUUCAAGAAAGCCCAGCAGCGUAUGCCCGCCAUACCUGUCCACAUCCACCACGUGAACUUCACCUGGCAGGUCACUGAUGAUCAGGCCGAGUACUUCUACGAGUUCCAGUCUCUACGCUCAUUCGACAAGGACAUCAUGGAUGACCCCAUCGUCAACGUCCCCCUGUUGGGAUCUGUACCACACAAACCUUCAGUGGUUCAGGUAGGCUUCCCCUGCCGAGGUGACCAGGAUGGGGUUGCUGCAUUCGAAGUCACCAUCUUGGUGAUGGACAGCGGUGGAAACAUCAUUCUGAGGACCCCACACAAUGCCAUCUUCUUCAAGACCUGCCAGAGAGCGAAGUGUCCUGGCGGCUGCAGGAAUGGAGGAUACUGCAACGAGAGACAUGUCUGCGAGUGUCAGGACGGUUUCUAUGGCACACACUGUGAAAAAGCUCUGUGUUCACCAAGAUGCCUGAACGGUGGUCUGUGCAUGAGUCCAGGAGUGUGUAUUUGUCCCCCUGGCUAUUAUGGAGCUGGUUGUGAGAAAGCAAACUGCAGCACUAUAUGCUUGAAUGGGGGAACUUGUUUCCAUCCUGGUAAAUGUAUUUGCCCCACUGGCUUUGAGGGCAGCCGCUGCGAAAUAAGUAAAUGCCGCCAGCCAUGCAGAAAUGGAGGCAAAUGCAUGGGGAGGAACAAAUGCAAGUGCAGCAAGGGUUACCAUGGAGAUCUGUGCUCGAAAGCUGUCUGCGAGCCCAGCUGUGGAGCACACGGGACCUGUGUAGAGCCCAACAGGUGCCACUGCCGGGACGGCUGGCACGGACGUCACUGUAAUAAGAGGUACCGCAGUGGAUUCCCCUUCAUCCACCGCCCCACCAUCUCCAGGCCUAAGACCCAAGGCACAUCAGCGAAGGAAACUAAGGAGGCCUCUGAUACUAACCGGCCCUCCGAGACCAACUACGUCGUUUAAUCUUCUCACUCGGCCUCCUGGCACUCUCUGCCCGCCCCCUGACCCAGCCUCCCCAGGGACCGCUUCUCAUCCUCCCCUUUCAGAUCCCCAUCACCCUCCCAGGGAUCCUCCCUCCUUGGACUUUUAUUUUCAUAGUCCAUUCUCCGUAUCCCCUUUCACAGAGUAAACUCCUUUGAUAGAGUAUCGCCCUGGCUCUCGGCUCUGUCAGGCGCUUCUCCUGUCCUGCAGACGCUGGGAGGGAGGGAGGGAGUCACAGGCUGUUUAGUAAUCCAAAUUUCACUGGAAUUCAGUCUGUGAUGUUCGUGAGCAAUCCUGAAGCUCAGCUGUAAAUGUGGACAUGAAUCACAAGGAGUUCCAUUACAGUCCAGAGGCUCUUUUGUGUGGGUAUGACUUGACUGAGGAUGGUAAUUACUGUCUUCAGCUCAUGUUCAUGGGUUGGCUCGCCUGUCCUUGUUGGUUUCAACAACAUUCACUUUCUCUUCUACAUGGGAACAAUGAAUUGAUGGCUGAAGAUCUCUCUGAACACGUACCCUUGCAUUACGAGACUCUAGAACAUUUAUUCUGUAGAGUACAUGCUAUUUGAAAUGGAAAUAUAUCUAGAUGUUAUGUUAAAGUAGGGCAGAAAUGCUUUAUUUACUCAAAGUUUUGAUACUUAGUUUUUAAAGGUAUAACAAUGCAGAUAAGCUGUUUAUUACAUCAUAGACAUGAGCAAUUAAUGGACUGUUAUUUUUCAUCUGGGUGAUAUACCACUCGAAUAAAACCAUCUCAUUCAUG